CACUGCAGUGAGAGGCAGGGCAGAUAUGGACCUACUAUGACUGUUCACAUCACCAGAAGCCCGUUUCAUUUCUUAUUGUCCGAAUCUUUCCUGAAAGAUUGCUGGGUGCGAGAGGUGUUUCCAAAGGAUCACAAGCUCAUCCAUGUGCUGGAGGAUGGCACGACCCCCGAGGACUUCACUGCUGCUACGAUAAAAGAGCGCGAGGCAACGGGUUGCCAGGACCCCUUCUUUGUGGGCAGUUUGAACCGUCUGCUGGAGAACCAUCGCCGGUGGCAGGUCAACAUGCCUCGAGUCACACCCUUCUACGCGGUGAAGUGCAACCCCUCCCCAGUCAUGGUCCGGAUGCUGAGCCUCCUGGGAACUGGCUUCGACUGCGCCAGCAAGGGUGAGAUUGCCAUGGUCUUGUCUCACGGAGCCACGCCAGACAAGAUCAUCUUCGCACACACCACCAAGGCCAGAACUCAUAUCCAGUACGCAUACAGUCGAGGAGUGGACCUGAUGACCUUUGACAGUGAGGACGAGCUGGAGAAGAUUUCUGUACUUUUUCCCAAAGCCAGGUUGGUGCUCCGGAUCGCUGUGGACGACACCUACUCAAUUGUGAAACUCAAUGAUAAGUUUGGUGCCAAGAUGAGGGCCGUGCCCAACCUCCUGAAGACUGCCAAAGAUCUCAACUUGAACGUGGUCGGGGUCAGCUUCCAUGUGGGGGUCCUGUGUGGAGACAGCUCCUGCUUCACCAAGGCCAUCGCCAACUCCCGCGAGGUCUUCAACAUCGCGGCAACAAUGGGGUUCAAGAUGAAGCUCCUGGAUCUCGGUGGCGGGUAUGAUGGGAAAGACCAUUCCAAGAUGAACUUGGAACAGUGUGCGCUGGUCAUCAACAAAUGUCUGGAUCAGCACUUUCCUCCUGAGAGCGGCGUGAGAAUCAUCGCCGAGCCAGGUGGAUUCUUUGCUCAGUCCACCUUCUCACUCACAACCAACAUCACCGCCAGAAGAGUCGUGACGGACGAGAACAACCAAAAGCUGAUCAACUAUUACAUCAACGAGGGACGAUUCGGAUCCUUCUCUCUGCUGGUCAAUCAUCCCGGGUUCCUGGAACUGGACCCCCAACUCCACCGGUCCGUGGACGACAAUGAGCCCAAAUAUCGCUCUGUCAUCUGGGGCCCCACCUGCGACAGUGUCGACAAAGUUCUGGAUGAGACCAUGCUCCCCGAGAGCAAGGCGGAGGACUGGAUCCACUUCGGCAACAUGGGGUCGUACUCCAUCGCUCUGCAGUGCGAUUUCAAUGGAUUCAAGCGCACGCCAAUAUAUUAUGUCGUGUCCGUGAAGAAUGUCCAAAAACUAGCGGCGCUGCUGAAGGAGGCCACCGCCAAGUCAGACAAGUGUAUCGUGCUGCACGGAUAAUCGCUUCCGAUGAUGCCACAGCUUCAAACUUAAGUCAGAAAAAGAUUGUGCCACGCAUUCACAGGUCACAUGACUGGAAACUAAAUAUAAUGAUUUAAUGAAAAUCCGCUUUAACAACUCAUGUGACCAGAUAUAACAGAGAUUCGAACCUUGUCAUCACAAUCCAUCAUCAAAGCCUGAAACUGUUUUGUAAAUAAAUGAAACACUGUGG